CACCAUCCCUCCCCAUCAACUCGAACUCACAAUAGAGCAGACUGCUCAGCUGUCCUGUCCUCACUGCGUCUUCAGACAGACAGGGGAAGAGACAGAGCACUGUGUGAGACAGAGAGAGACAGAGCGACAGAGCAACAGAGAGAGGGAGAGACAGAGCGAGGGCACGACUGGAAGAAGAGAGGAAAGAGACAGAGCGAGGGACCGACUGGAAGAAGAGAGGAGAGAGACAGCAGACGGCCAACAGGGCUGGUAGAGUUUGACCUGCUGAGACUCGGCCAAGAGAGACACAGACUCAGAAGACAUGAGUCAAGGAGCAGCAUGCAUCUUCAUCCGGGGAGGAAAGAUCGACAGAGAGCUGGCAGAAGAUGAGAUUGAAGAGCUACGUGAGGCGUUUGAUGAGUUUGAUAAGGACAAGGACGGCUUGAUCAGCUGUAAGGACCUGGGCAACCUCAUGAGGACCAUGGGUUACAUGCCCACGGAGAUGGAGCUCAUCGAACUCAGUCAGAACAUCAACAUGAACCUGGGGGGUAGAGUGGACUUUGAGGACUUUGUGGAGCUGAUGGCACCAAAGCUCCUGGCAGAGACCGCAGGCAUGAUUGGAGUCAAGGAGCUCAAAGAUGCUUUCAAGGAGUUUGACACGGACGGUGACGGGGAGAUCACGACGGAGGAGCUGAGGGCGGCCAUGACCAAGCUGAUGGGGGAACACAUGAACCGCCGUGAGAUCGACACCAUCGUCAAGGAGGCCGACGACAACGGAGAUGGCACCGUUGACUUUGAGGAGUUUGUUCAAAUGAUGUCUCGUCAGUGAGGGAGGAUGG